UUUUAUCAUCAGAAACGCGCUCGCGACAUGAUAUAAUAUAGCGGUUAACACGCAAGAAAAUCACUUCAGCGGCUUCUCGAGUCUAACGCUAACAAAUCGCCUUCAGUCGUCACUGGUUUUCGCGUCUUGACAAUGCCGUUUCUUGGACAAGACUGGCGGUCUCCUGGUCAAAGCUGGGUGAAAACCGAGGACGGGUGGAAAAAAACGACGAAAGAUGACAACGACACGAAUAACAAUGUUUCAGAACGAAAGAGCUACUGCAAAGACGAGCAUGACAAGGAGAAUUUGAUCCUCAGCAUUAAUUAUGAUGUGGCUGCAAAGAAGCGAAAGAAGGACUUGCUGAAUAACAACACAAAGAUUCCUUAUUUUCACAAAGACAAAUGGAUUUAUGUCCACAAAGGGAGCACCAAAGAGCGUCAUGGAUAUUGUACUCUGGGCGAAGCAUUUAAUCGCUUGGACUUCUGCAGUGCCAUCAAGGACACCAGGCGAUUCAAUUAUGUCGUAAGGCUGCUGGAGCUGAUCGCCAAGUCCCAACUGCCUUCGCUGAGUGGAGUGGCACAGAAAAACUACAUGAACAUUCUGGAAAGGGUUGUGCAGAAAGUUCUUGAGGAUCAGCAGAAUGUUCGACCGAUUAAGGAACUGCUGCAAACGCUGUAUGCGUCGUUGUGCAGUCUGGUUCAGGACAUGGGCAAGUCCGUCCUGGUGGGAAACAUCAACAUCUGGGUGCAUCGCAUGGAGAACAUACUGCAGUGGCAGCAGCAGCUUGACAACAUUCAGAUCAACAGGCCCACAAACACAGGGAUGACCUUGCUCGAUCUUCCGGCUAGCUUACAGCUCAACAUCAUGCACCAUCUCUCAGACGGACGAGAUCUGGUUAGCCUGGGUCAGGUAUGCCCUGACCUGAGCGUGCUGACAGAAGAUCGGCUGUUGUGGAAGAAACUCUGCCAGUAUCACUUCUCAGACAGACAGAUCCGCAAGCGCCUAAUGGUGUCGGAUAAAGGACAUUUGGAGUGGAAAAAGAUGUAUUUUAAGUUAUGCCGGUGUUACCCUCACAAAGAGCAGUACAGUGACACAUUACAGUUCUGCACACAUUGCCACAUCCUGUUCUGGAAGGAUACAAACCAUCCUUGCACUGCCAAUAACCCGGAGAGCUGCUGCAAGGCCGUGUCUCCACAGGGUUUCAUCAACCUUUUCAAGUUUUAGGAGGCGUUGCAUUGCUGCCCUGUAAAUAGUGUCAAUAGUGCAAAGGAUUCCUGGAUGACUUGAGGCAGGGGAAAAAAUUAGAAGCAGGUGUCAUAAUGUUUUGUGGAGAAGUUUGGAAACCGAAUGUACUCAAAAUAUGCAAGGAGAUAAACUAAAAAGCUGUGUUGGGGAUCUGUGUAUUUAUAAAGGAUUUUUUUUAUUUAUUCAGCAUGGAUCUUGUUUACUUAAGAGAGGUUAUAAUAAGGUUAAGGAAAAGGAUGUUUAAAUUGAUCCUACAUGCAUAAAAUAUGUUGCCCUUAUGCUGUCAGGAUGCACUGGUUUCUUCUGUGAAUGUAAUAUAGGUUUGAUUUUUGGCAACACAAACAUUUAUUAGAUGGCAUAAUUGGUGCUUUAGCAAGUGCAUGGGAAUGUUUACCAAAAUGGCCUUAACACUGGUGUGCAAUACUUUUCUAAGUACUUUUUUUUUUCACUUUUAUACAUUUGAUAUUCUCAGUGGUUUGCAAUUUAAACCUGCUUUGUUUUUCUAAACAAUAAAUACACCAAUAUGUUGUAAGCAGA